AUGUCGUCUCCUCCGAGGCGGCAGCAGUCUUACUCGUUCUCGUCAUCGCCGAGCUUGCCUUCUCCCAGCGAGAUACUCGCCAAGGUCCUUAAGCCACCAUUGCGAAGCGAAAAUCAGGCUACACCCACCCCCGACAAUGUGCGAACUGUCUUUACGAGCGCGGCAGGCAUCCCGCGAGAGGCACCUGAGAUCGAUAUCGAAAGCGAAAAGUUCCCCGGCUCGCCGCUACAAAAGACAAAGCCUAGCAGACCCCGGAAGAAGGUUCCCGCGCUGGAAGCUAUACCUAUGCCUACGAAGUCGCGGCUCAAGUUCAAAGACGAAGAAAAAGCUUCCCAACGUCAGGACUUAGGAGGAAGUGAAGGUCCGUGUCCUCCGAAAACUCAAGUGACCAAGGAGGCGGUCAAGAGGAAAUCGAGAGCGAAAACAGAAACGGUGUCGAGGCAUUUCGCAGCCAAAGAAAGUGUCGCGAAAACUGCGGAGGAAAAGCCACUCAAAGAUAAAAGCAUACCCAAGCCGGCAACCGAACCCGACAGUGCCCCUUACCACGCUGAACCCGCCUUGAAACGGCGAGAUGCCUGGACGCCUCCUCCCGGAGACAAUCCCCUGCUCCUCGAUCCGGAACCGGAUAACCGAGAGCUGCGUUCCGUCGGUAAGGGAUCAGCAAUCAAGGACGUGUUUCAAACACUGCAUGGCCAAUAUGGAAGUAAUAAAGAGUCGGGGGAGUCCUUAUCGGGUAUAUCGGAGCGGAAAGAAGUUUUGAAGAAGCGGAAGUUGAUUGAAUGUGUCUCCAUCAACAACGGAGCCGAGCAGAAGUCUAGGGAGGCGUCCCCUUCGAAGCCAGCUAACGCGAAGAAGAAGGCCAGGACGCUCACUGAACUAGCGACCGCCCCGUAUAUGCCACCGAUGAUGCCUGAGCUGGACCUCGUAGGCCCGUCUACGAAGGAAUCUCUCCUGAGCUACUUCGACGAGGACGGCAGCGUUAAGGCGCUUGUUGAGCAUCAGACUGCCCUCAUGUCGAAUAGCAAGGGGAAAGGCAAGGGAUCGAAAGCAGCCGCGAACCCAAAGCGCAAGAAGAAGUCAGGCACCGCGGGAAACCCGAUUCUCCUGUCUCCGAGCUCGGCGAUGAAGCAGACGACCAACCAGGACUUCGUUUUCGGGACCUCGAGCCAGCUAGUCGGGGAGGAGUCCCCUACGACCCUCAAGAAUCUUCAGCUAGCGAUGCGAAUGUCCAAUCGAACCGACUAUUCGGACCCGUUUGCCGAUUCCGACAGCAACCAGGGGCUCUGGCGUGCCGGCGCGAGAGAUACCGACGGUGAUUUAAUAGGCGUAGAUAGCGUCGAUGUUGUCGACCUCUUCGACGAUUCCGAGCUAGUAGUCCGGCACCGCGAGCCCGUAGCUGACUCGCGCCAACAAUUCAUCGACAUCAACGAUAUUCUGAAAUCAUCCGACAUGGAAGAGUCAGCGCCUCCGAGCGCCCAGCCGGACAACACGCGUUCCAUCCAAACCAGCGACGAGGAGCACGCGGGAUCCCGACCUGGAGCCGAAGCCGAGCCUAGAAGGGACGCGCAGCCGGACUGGGAACUUUUCAGCGACACCCAGCUUUCGGCACAGGUCUCGUCGUUCGGUUUCAAGCCGAUAAAGCGGCGGCAGGCUAUGAUCGCGCUGCUCGACCAGUGCUGGGCCAGCAAGAACACGGUCGCGGCGACAGCGCAGACACGGCCGAUAUCCAGCACGGCCGCGACGAGCCGACCUAAGAAGAAGGUGCCGGCAACAGCAGAGGCGGAAGCACCCGAGCCGAAGCGACGCGGUCGGCCACGAAAGGACUCGACGGCGGAGACAACCGCCUCUGCCGUAACGACGAAGAAGCCGCGCGCCAAGAAGGCCCCCGCUGCGAGCCCAAAGAAGCCGCGCGGCCGGGCGCCGAAGAAAAAGUCCACGACGGUGGAGAUCGCGGACUCAGCGUCGGACUCGGAGGCAUCGCUGGGGCGGCCGCGGUGGUCGCGGAGGCGGUCGCGGUGGUCGCGGGGGUGGUCGCGGUCGUCGUGGGGGCGGUCGCGGUCGUCGCGGAGCACGUCGUCGCCGCCGGCGGCGGACCUGUCGCUGACGGCAGCGGAGACGGACGAGCGGACGGCGCGGCUGUUCCGGCGCAUCACGCGCGCGGUGACAUCGGCGCCGCGGUCGCGCGACCCGGCGCAGCCGUCGUGGCACGAGAAGAUGCUGCUGUACGACCCCGUCGUGCUGGAGGACUUCGCCGACUGGCUCAACAGCGGACCGCUGGCGGCGGCGGCAGCGGAGGAGGAGGGGGGAGAGCUGGGGAGCGGGGAGAGCUCGAGCGGGGAGGGGAGCAGCGCGGGAGGGAAGCGCAAGGCGAAGAGCAAGGGCAAGGGCAAGGGCAAACGGUCCGGGCCCAAGGUCGAGGAGGUCCUGCCCGAGGAUGUCAAGAGCUGGUGCGAGGCCCGCAGCAUAGUGUGCCUCUGGCGCUAUAAUUUGCGCGGGAGGGAGAGGAAGCGGUUCUGAGGGGGAUAGGAGCGGGCCUGCUGUAGGAGGGGGAGGUAGAGUCGAAGCAGAGCAGGUUGGUCGUGGCCUUGGCGUCGAAGGACGGGAGUAUUCCCUAUCUCGGUUAUCGGCCGAGGUAGCGGCGAAAUACAACAGGCAAUUAUUCUCGUCCGGCUGAUCAUCCUGUGCCGGGUGCUCCUCCUCUGGGUCUUGAGCAGGGGGGCAGCGCAGCGAAUUCGAUCCCGUGGUGGGCGCGGCGAAUAGGGCCCUGGGGCAUGGUGAGCCGCGGAGUUUACAAACGUAUACUUACGUGCCGGCCCUGUGCUGCCGAUUUUGUUCCCGAUUAGAGAGUUAGUCCGCAACUCGAAUAUUACCUUUUAGGGCUAAUGAUGUAUGUACUAUUAACCUCGCCGUCGCCGUGUUAAACUCCUCUCAAGAUAUAGCUGGAUUCGGUUUGGAAGGCAACAAUGUUACCGAGGCAGCAGACGAUAACACUAUGCUAGAGAGCUACCAUGCUACCAUGUAUGAUGGUGGGUUCGAACCUCUUGCGCAGCUUAGUGAUAACAUACGAAUAGGAACCCAAUACCACACGCAAAGUCAACGGAUAUAA